UUUAGUGAUUCACAUGGUGACAGGAAACCAGAGACCUGCUUACAGUCCCGACGAGGAACCUGUUCCAGUAUUGCUGGUUGCUUCUGUGAGGGGAGAUAGAGGAGAAUGGGGAAGCAGCAAAGAACUGGCUGAUGCUACAGGCCGGACCUCAGCGGAGCAAUGAACCAAGCGGAGCUGCUCUGGGCUGCGGCCUCACUGAUGGUGCUGGGGGCCCUUGUGAGCAUGUGCAUGAAGUGUCAACGUUCCACUACUAAACGGGAAAAGAAGCUGUGCAAGCAGAGAAAAUUGCAUGGAAACCAGCCGGGGUUUGAGGUGAUACGAUCCUAUUCAAUUGCAGUGACAAGGCAAGAUCAAAUUAAAUUGCCAGACAACGUCCCAGUAACAAGGAAAACCAGUGAGCGACUGCAGGCCACGGGUAUUGAUGGUGACAGUGCUGAGCCCAGAUACCAAAAUUUCAUGAGAGAAGACAACCAGGAAUUGGAUGCUGCCUAUGUCAACCCUAUAGCUACAGAUUACUACAACUGUGUGACGUUCUUGAGACCACCAAAUGAAAAAGAAGAGGAUUCCUGUUCCUAUCAAAAUGUUGUGAUUGGGGCAUCCAACAGCGCUGAGUCUGAUGAUGUGGAGGACUAUGAGAAUAGCGCCUCUAUAAAGAGAUGGCAACAAUCAAAUAUAUCAGAAAGCCCAGAUGAUUAUCCAGAUUACGUUAACUCAGAUGUUGCAGCUGUGCCAAACUAAAGGUACCUUCCCUACAAUCUGAAAAAAGGCUGUUGCAAAGCUGCAGAAGCUUAUGUUUCAUUCUGAAGACUGCUACAUACACACAGUGGAAAGGGGGCCUUUGAUUCACAAGUGUAAUGGAAUAACCUGUUCUCCAAACCCUGCCAAAAGUAGCUAACUCACUUUAAGGACAUGGAUACACACUGCUGAAAGUAAAUGCACUGGAUCCAGAAGUCCUACAAAAGUACAACUGGAAAAAGUAUAUGGAGAAAGCCCACCCCACUACCCCCCAACAAGUGAAUUUCAGCUGCUCGGUACAGCAGUUACCAAGAGAAAUGCCAAGGUUUUGUUAUUCUAUCAUAUUUUGCUCCCCAUCCAUUCAAGGGAAUGAUGGCUUGUCUGCUCAACAUUGUUUUCUGCUGUCAAGUGGGAAAUGAAUCUUUAAACCUCUGAGUGGCAAUGCAGUUGACAGUUGAACUUGCCAAGCUGACUCCUGGAAGGAGGUACUAAAGCUGAUGAAUUAUAUUUCUUGUUUAGUUCCCAGUGUAGCAAAGCUCUUGGACAGACAUUGCUUCCAGCAGAGGGAUUCAACCUUCCAGCCAGAUGGCAAGUUUUUCAAAUAGGAGUAGUUCUGUAUAGCUAAGUAAUACACUGAAAUGCUCACAAAUGGUGAAGGACAGAAGGCUACUACAAACAAGAUUUCUGCAGCUACAGAUAAUAUUCAGAGUGCUGAUAGAUAAAUCCCAAAAGCACAAAGGCAAGAUGCUAUUUUACAGCAAUCCAUAGCAGUUGAGACAGAUAACGGGGCACUGAGCUCGUCUUUACAACAUUGCCAGCCUCAGGAAUUGCACCUGCUUUUCAGAAUGGCUGUAGAGAAGGACAUCAGUGCUAGAACUCAAACCUUGCCUUGGAACCAUGCUUCAGUUCUGACAACUAAACUGUCCAUGAGCCUGGUGUUUCACCUGGCAGCAUUUCAGCAUGUGCUCGUUUCAGGUGAAAUGCAGCUCUGUGCAGGAAAUCAAGGAAAAGCUCACACACUACUUCAGUCUUAAGUGGUGUACAUGCUGGCCUGCUGCAUAGGGGCAAACUUCACCUAUGGUAGAGUGAGAACAUUUAGGUAAAUGCCUAGUAAGGGAGUUCUUUUAGAACAGCAAAUUAUGUGUUCGAGCGACUGUCUCCUGCCAGUUCUACUUAUUGCUGGCAAUGGUUCACCAAGCUCUUGUGCUCUAGCAUGAACAGGUACUCUCUAACUAGCAGGGAAAAGGGUUACCCAAGCAAUUUCCUCCCUUUUGGUACCAGUGACUAGAGAGAACCUUGGAUAAGGGUAAUAAGAUUCAGCUAUGAAGUGGAAGGUAUGGACAUGAAACCUUUCUUACUACAAAGUACUUCACUUACGAAAUUUUGCUCUGAGUGGAGGAGUCUAUUUGAUCUAAUCAGUCUAUGCCCAGUGAGAGUUAAGGUGGAAUUUAAGCCUCUUUACAGAUGUGAAUUUAAUAUUUCAUUUGUAUUUGAGACACCUUAAUCACAGCAACAAGGUGCCUGUUACUUGUGUGUCUGAAACUAGGCCAAUAAAGCAUUUUUUAAUAGUGAUUGGGGGAAAACUUAAUCGCAGCUCCCACUAAUGGGUUUAUUCCUCAAGUCUGCAUAGAGGCAGCAAGACAGGGCCUUUAAUGUAGCCCAUGUAGGAAAGAAAACUAUCUAGAACGUCCUUAACCUCUUGAAAGGGAUACAAGUAGUCAGUUUCAGAACAGGACUUAAACACAGCUGGUUGGUUUUACAUCUACCCAAGUUUCCUAUCAGUUUGUAGCUAGAAUCACAUUUUCUUUUUUCCAAAAUAUUCUUCUCUGCUGUGCAAAGGGCCCACACAAGUAAGGGACACCAACGAUCAACAGACAAUAGACUUGGGCUCAGGCCUAGUAAACCAUUAAAGCUAGGGUGACCAGAUGUCCUAUUUUUACAGGGACAGUCCUGGUUUUGGGGACUUUUUCUUAUGUAGGCGCCUAUUACCCCACUACCCUCUGAUCCGUUUUCUCACAGUUUCUAUCUGGUCACCCUAAUUAAAGCCCUAAUCUGAAGAUUUAUCCACUGCAUAGUCCUUGCCCUGGCUCUGUUGUUGAAAGGUGAAUUUCAUCCAAAGUGACUAAACUGAAAAGUUCUAACCUUUGUUAUAGAAAUAUUGUGUUACUUGACAGACCAUACAAAAUGUUAUGUGACCGGUGAUGAUGGAUGUCCAAUAUGAUCUCUCUCAAAACUGCCUCAUUUUCAGAAGUGUUGUGACUCUAUCACAGGGGUCGCCAACCUUUCAGAAGUGGUGUGC